AUGUCGGCAACGGAUUCGAUUUCGGAUACAUUUUAUAAUGAUUAUUUGUUACCAUUUGUAUAUCAUGCAAAUGCGACAGCACAAAGAAAUGAAUUGAUCGCUCCCUUAAUUAAAGAAGCUUCAGUUAAUACAAUUUUAUUUUUAAGUGUUGGUUUUGCAGUUUUGGUCAUACUGUUAUCUUAUGCUGUUAAAUCAAUUCUCUAUGUUAGACGUCAACCAAAUGAACCGCCAAUUGUACCUUAUUGGAUUCCUAUGCUUGGUUCGGCUGUAACUAUGGGAAGAGAUCCGAUUAAAUUUUACAGAAAAUAUCAACAAAAGUAUGGAAAUUAUUUUACAUUUAUAUUACUAGGUAGAAGAAUGGUAACGUGUUUAGGAACUGAAGGAAAUAAUUUUGUAUUUAAUGCGAAAUUAGCAAAUGCAUCGGCUGAAGACGCUUACAAAUCUUUAACUGUGCCCGUAUUUGGCAAAGGAGUUGUAUAUGAUGUACAUAAUUCAGUACUUAUGGAACAAAAAAAAUUUGUUAAAUCUGGAUUAUCUAAUGAAAAUUUAAAGGCAUAUGUACCAAUGAUUGAAAUGGAAACUAAAAAUUAUUUUUCAAGAUGGAAUAAAACAUCAGAUAUUCAAGAUAUCCAUAAAGCAACAGCUGAAUUAAUUAUCAUGACAGCAUCUAGGUGUUUGUUGGGUGAUGAAGUUCGCUCAAAAUUAGAUGAAUCAUUCGCUCAAAUCUUUCAUGAUUUGGAUGGUGGAUUUAAACCAAUUAAUUUCUUGUUUGAAGAUUUACCGCUUCAAUCAAAUAAAUUAAGAGAUAUAGCUCAUGUUAAAAUGCGUCAUUUCUUCAUGAAUAUCAUGAAAGAUCGUCGAGAAAAAGGAGUUACGGAUCGUACGGAUAUUAUGCAAUAUUUAACAACCAAUUGUCAAUACAAGAACGGCAGAAAAUUGUCUGAUGAAGAAUCGGCUCAUAUCAUGAUCGCAAUGUUAAUGGCAGGACAACAUACUUCAUCCACCACAACUGCGUGGGCAUUGCUUUAUCUAGCAGCUCAACCAUCUCUAUUUAAUGAGUUGCGUCAAGAACAGAUUGACGUGUUAGGAAGUUUAGAUGAAUCAUUAACUUUUGAUGGGAUUAAAAAACUUACACUUCAUGAUAAUGUUGUUAGAGAAACUCUUAGAUUGCGUCCCCCUAUUCUCACUAUUAUUAGAAAAGUUAUUAAAGAUUUACCUAUUCCUGGUACUCAAUAUGUCAUACCAAAAGAUUCUUUUAUUCAAGCUUUACCUACUAUUUCUCAACGUUCUGAAGAUUAUUUUGAAAAUGCUGAAACUUUUAAUCCUAAUAGGUGGAUCGAUUUCGAUCAACUUAAUAAGGAGAGAGAUGAUGAUUUGGUUGAUUAUGGUUUCGGUGUUUUACACUCCGCUAGCGCGAAAUCUCCUUUCCUUCCAUUUGGUGCCGGUCGACAUAGAUGUAUUGGCGAACCAUUUGCUUACUUACAAAUUAAAACUAUUCUUGCCGUAUUUGUUAGAAUGUAUGAUCUUGUUUUACAUGAAAACAAGUUUCCGGAAUGUGAUUUUACUACGAUGAUGUAA